AUGAAUCGCGUGUCGCAUUUCAAUCUUCGCCUGCUCACGAGUCUGGGCUGCUGGUUGCUGGGUCUGAUGCUACACUUCCACCUGCAGCUGUUGCAGACGCCCAAUCACGGCGCGAUGGCCUGCAUCCAGCAGAGUCGAGUGAACUGCAGCCGAUGGGAGGAUGAACCGGACAAGCACUGCUGCUUUGGAUCAUUUUGUCAGAUCGAGUUCUACGACGACAAGACCGGAGAGGAGGCGGGCACGUGUGUGGAGUGCAUUUCCGUCGGCAGAUACUGUCAAGAGGACUUUGAGUGCUGCACAACGAAUUGUGGCAUCAACUUUCUCUGUCUGGCAGAGAAAAAUGCGGAAGGCCCGAGUGGUGGCAAUGCCAACGUAAACUAA